AAACCAAAGCAGCUUUAGAUUUGCAAUCAAGGUAGCAUCAAGACUGCAAGAUGCCGGAGUUAAUUGAGCAGAUGUACUGCUCCCAGCAGAUUGUUAUCCCGCCUAAGUUUCCCUACAUCCUUAAGCGGUACUGCAAAGCGGCUAUAAAGACCCAGCCAUACGAUCUUCUGCGUUGGUCGUAUGAGUACUUCAAUGCUCUUGCGCAGCACAAACCGCCGCCCGUCAAACUGCGGCUAGAGUAUCCAGUCUAUACUACCGAAGGUGGACUUACCAGAGGAUGCUUGAAAGUCUUGGCGCAACAGCUGUCCACAAUGGAAGAAGUACCAUUGCCAGUGCUGAAGGCGGCGUGGCGUGGCUUCUGUCUGGACAACGAGGAGCUGCAAAGGAUCCUGUGCCUCUGCGAGGUGUUCCAACGCAAGGAGACCGUGCCCUUCUUGCAUUUCGUCGCGGUGGCUGCGGGAUUGUUAACUAAGACAUUAACUCAUACAAUGGUCUUAUUAUGCGAGACUCUGACUAAAGAACCGGACGGUGGUUCUGCAGCGAUACCAGUGGAGCACUUUCUUUCUAUGUACGUGCUCCUCGCUCGAAUGGAUGCUUCGAAGGACGUCAAAUAUAUCGACGGGUAUAGAGAAGGUUGGUUAUACCGUUUUGCUCCAGAAUCGGCACCUGAGUCAGUGAGCGAAAUCAUAAAGUCUACAGAGUCACCGAUAGAAGACCAAAAACUACGUGAAAUAAGUGCUUCUAAGAUGGGUCCUGAGGAAACAGCAAAGAAAGGCAUGGUGGCUGGUAGACAGAUGUCGACCACUAGCGGGGAGUUCAUCGUGCAGCACGUGGAGCGAGAGAUUAUGGAGAAAGUCAAUGAACAAAUUGAUAUACUACCGGAUCCAUCGUUGAAGAAGAAAAAGGCUAAACCUGAAGAAGUAGCUAUGGUACGGGAUAUCUUAAAGAACUUUAUCGAUGAUAACAUGGAUGUUAUUGUGCCUGAAGAGGAGGAAGUCGAAGAGGAAGAGCUGCCCAUACCGACGAUAAUAAACGUGUACGCGGUGCCGGGUAUCGGGCCGACAGUGGAUGAGCAUAUUAUCAAGGAUGUGGAGGACUACGCCGCGGAAGUGGCCAUGGUGCAGGCCGAGCUGUUUAUGCCGCGCAACAUACGGCACUUUAUGUGCCCGCCCUUGGAGAAAUGCAUUGAUGAUGUACCCGAAACGCCGAAGAAGGAAGAGGUACCAAUAGGUGGUGCCAUCACAGACUAGAUGCACGAAUUUUUUUUCUCACAUUGUUAAUGUAUUUUAUUUGUGCAAUAAAUUAUUGAAUCUUUACAUUUUCUGCAAUUAAUUGUAUUCAAUGUAUCUAAUCUUUACCAAGCAAUUCAACUAUAUGCAAUAAUGAUUUUUUUUUAAUAAUUGCAAUA